GUAUACGCAUUACAUGCAUCAACACCAACACAAGCCCACAUACAGAAGCUCAACUUUUUGCGACCAAUGGCAGGCAAGCAAACCAAAGGGAGGCAAAAGAUCACAAUGAAGAGAAUAGAGAACGAAGAUGACAGGCUAAUCGCUUUCUCUAAACGCAGAUCUGGGAUUUACAAGAAGGCAAGUGAAUUAGUUACACUUUGUGGUGCAGAGGUUGGUGUGCUAGUGUUUUCACCGGCAGGCAAGCCCUUCUCCUUUGGCCAACCAUCUAUAGAAUCCAUGGCAAAUCGUUUCCUUGAGAACCCACCGCCUAAAGACAAUACAUACCCUCUGGUGGAGGCUCAUAGGAAGAUGAGGAUUGACGAGCUAAACCAGCAGUAUAGUGAAAUGCUUAGCCAACUGGAAGCUGAGAAAGAGCGAGGAAACAUGUUGAAGCAGAUGAUGAUCAGAGGGAAAGGGAGGCGGCAGCAGCAGCAGCAGCAGCAGAGUUAUUGGUGGGAAGCUCCUGUGGAUGAGCUUAACUUUCAAGAACUUCACCAAAUGAAUUUUGUGUUGGAAGAGCUUCACAGUAAUUUAUGCAGGAAAAUUAAUGGACCCUUUUCCUCCAGGAAUCCAAUAUUUGCUUCUAAUAAUGCCAAUCUGCAGAAUGAUCCUGCUGCUUCUUCUUUCCCUCAUGGAUGUGGUUAUGGGCGCAGGUAUUUUUAA